ACAAUGAGUUUACUUAAAGAAGCCGGGAAAAACAGGGAUCAACAUUCGUUUUGUGAGGAUCCACUCCUCCAACACAUAUGACAUGCACUCUCUGGUAACUGUUGGGAGCAUUUUGCCAAGCCUUCUCACGUUACGCCCACGUUUGUUCACACGGUUUUGUUUUUCAAUGACGUCUGCGGUAAGGUCAGUUGAAGAAAACGAAAGUAGAGUGAAAAGAGUUGGCACUCAUAAUGGAACUUUUCACUGUGAUGAAGCUUUGGGCUGUUACAUGAUACGCCUUACUGCUAAAUAUGCUGGGGCAGAGAUAGUCCGCACCAGAGAACCAAAGGUAUUAGAUACAUUAGAUGCUGUGCUGGAUGUUGGAGGAGUUUAUGAUCCAAGCAGAGACCGUUUUGAUCAUCACCAAAGGGGAUUUGAUCAAGUUUUUGGACAUGGAUUUGCAACCAAGCUUAGUAGCGCUGGGCUUGUUUACAAGCAUUAUGGAUUGGAGAUCAUUGCCAAGGAGCUUGGUCUAGAUGCAGGGCAUUCAGAUGUACAACGUGUCUAUUUGGCUGUAUACAAGAGUUUUGUAGAGGCCAUUGAUGCUGUAGAUAAUGGAAUCAAUCAAUAUGAUACAGAUCAGCCUCCAAAGUACGUUAACUCUACACACCUGUCAUCUCGAGCUGGGAGGUUGAACUUAGAUUGGAUUGAUGAAGAUCAAUCCCAAGAGAAAGAAAAUGAAAGAUUUUAUUGUGCCAUGAAUCUUGCUGGUGGAGAAUUUUUAGAGAAUGUUCGAAGUCAUGCCAAAUCCUGGCUACCUGCUCGCUCUAUUGUGGAGGAAUCAGUAAGAGCAAGGCAAGAGAUUGAUUCAAGUGGUGAAAUUGUGGUUUUGAAGCGAUUUUGCCCUUGGAAGCUGCACUUGUUUGAGCUUGAACAGGAAUUAAAGAUAGAGCCGUCCAUUAAAUAUGUGUUAUAUGAGGAUGAAAGGGGUCAACAAUGGAGGGUGCAAGCCGUUGCUGUUUCACCUGAUAAAUUUGAAAGUCGUAAGCCCUUACCAGAAUCAUGGAGAGGUUUACGUGAUGAAGACCUUUCUAGGCAAUGUGACAUUCCUAAUUGUGUCUUUGUUCACAUUAGUGGUUUCAUUGGUGGAAACAAAUCUUUUGAAGGAGCAUUGGCAAUGGCAAAAGCUGCUCUCAAGUUGUAAUUUAGUUUUGGUGUCUCAAUCCCAUAAUGAUUGUUGAGACUCGAGAAUACAGUCUGGGUGGUUAGCACAAAUUUCCAUGUGGUAGCAUUUGUUCUAUUUAUAUGGUGAAAGUUUUAAAGAUUAUACUCCAUGAAUACCAUCAAAGUAUUUGGUGUCAAAAACAAUGUUGUAUAAGUGAUGGUAGCAUUAGUUCAUGGAGCUAUUUACUGGUGGAAAUUCUUAUAAAUUCUCCUUGGAUGCCAUCAUAUUAUUUUAGUUGAAGAAUAGUAUAAUACUUAUCCAUUCCUUUGUUA